AUGUCUGAUAAUCUAGAGACCACCCCUGCUGCGGGCUCCUUGGCUGACCGUAUCACCAAACCUGACGAGUCGAAGCCCACCGAUACCUCCAAUGUCUCUACCGCUCCCAAGGAGGACGGAGCCUCUGCCCCUGCGCAGGGUUCGGCAAAUCUCGAGGAGCCCGACUACACUGUCGCGGUGAAAUUGAGUGAUUUGCAAGCGGAUCCCAAUAACCCCCUGUUCUCAGUCAAGAGCUUUGAAGAUCUGGGCCUAGAUGCGCGCAUUCUGAAAGGUCUCUCGACAAUGAACUUCCGCAAGCCGUCCAAGGUCCAGGAGCGCGCUCUUCCCCUUCUGAUGAGCAACCCUCCGAAGAAUUUGGUUGGUCAAUCGCAGUCCGGUACCGGCAAAACCGCAGCCUUCGUCCUCAACAUCCUCAGUCGUCUCGACCUCUCGACGGAGCAGUUGCAGAUGACACCUCAAGCUCUGAUCCUCGCUCCUACCCGCGAAUUGGCUCGCCAGAUAGUCGGCGUGAUCCAGAUUAUGGGUCAGUUCCUUGAUGGUCUCAUCAUCGGCACUGCUGUUCCUGCCGAUUCCAACGCUCGCCCGUCGAAGAUGGAUUGCUCAGUUGUCGUUGGCACGCCUGGUACUGUUCAAGAUAUGAUCAAGAAGCGUAUUAUGACCCCUACCGGCUUGAAGGUGCUUGUCCUGGAUGAGGCGGAUAACAUGCUUGACCAACAAGGCCUGGGAGACCAGUGCAUUCGGGCCAAGGCGAUGCUUCCCCGAAAUGUUCAAAUCGUCCUGUUUUCGGCGACCUUCCCCGCUCACGUCUACCGCUAUGCGGGCAAGUUUGCCCCUGCCGCAAACGAGAUCACCCUCCAACACGAGGAGUUGACCGUUGAGGGCAUCAAACAACUCUACAUGGAUUGCAGCACUGAAGAGGAGAAAUAUCAGAACCUCGUCCAGCUCUACGGACUCCUCACUGUCGGAUCUUCAAUCAUUUUCGUCCGGACCCGUGCCUCUGCCGUUGAAAUCGAGAAGCGUAUGGUUGCUGAGGGUCACACUGUCGCCUCACUGACUGGUGGUGUUGAGGGAUCUCAGCGUGACGCAGUCAUUGAUUCCUUCCGCAGCGGUGAGGCUAAGGUGCUCAUCACGACCAACGUUCUCGCUCGUGGAAUCGACGUCUCUACAGUGUCCUUGGUUGUAAACUACGAUAUUCCCGAAGAGUACUCUGGCGGUCAGCGCACCAACACACCCGACUACCAGACCUAUCUGCACCGUAUCGGUCGUACCGGUCGCUUUGGUCGCAUUGGCGUGGCAAUCUCAUUUGUUUCCAACCGCAAUGAGUGGGACAUGCUUCGGAAGAUCCAAGAGCACUUCCAGUGCGUCAUCGACCGCAUUGAUACUAGCGACUGGGAUGAAGUGGAGGAAAUGAUCAAGAAGACUAUCAAGAAUACGCGAGCUCAGGCCGACUUUGUCCAGACCAACUAA